AUGCAAGAGUACAAGCUUGUGGUUCUAGGAAGUGGAGGCGUUGGGAAAAGUGCAUUAACUGUACAGUUCGUUCAAGGGAUAUUUGUGGAGAAAUAUGACCCAACGAUAGAGGACAGCUACAGAAAGCAAAUCCAAAUCGAUGACAGGCAGUGCAUGCUAGAAAUUCUUGAUACAGCUGGCACGGAACAAUUUACCGCGAUGCGUGAUUUGUACAUGAAGAAUGGUCAAGGUUUUGUUUUAUGCUAUUCAAUCACAUCACAGUCUAGUUUUAAUGAUUUAACAGACUUACAUCAGCAAAUUCAGCGUGUCAAAGAUGAUGUUAAUGUUCCUCUCAUACUUGUUGGAAACAAGUGUGACUUAGAGCAAGAAAGAGUAGUCGGUCGUGAACAAGGUCAACUGCUGAGCAGGCAGUUAAACUGUACAUUUAUGGAAACGAGUGCCAAAGCUAAAAUCAAUGUUAAUGAGAUGUACGAAUGGAGGUGACCCUGGCUAACUUUGCUGACUUACAUAUUCGCUUGUUACCAGGGUAAAUUCUUGUCGGUUCAGAGCACUCAGACGACAUACCCCUUCCUGGUGAGGACGCUUAUAAAAUACAGGGUCUUCUUAACACCUUGAGAAGAAAUCUUGUUAUACUUAGCAUGCUAUUCACUUCCGUCAAAUGUAAAAUGAUGCUGCAGGAGCGGUCUGCUUGACGGUUGGUUUGAUCCAUGUAAGAGGGUGUAGACUGCGUGGUUGGGAUAAUCGAGACGUUAAGAACCAAUGGUUGGAGACUGUCGAUGGAAUGGCUCAAAAUGACUUUCUGAUGGAUUCCCUCUCUAUCAUCUACCAGAUUCGUUAAAUACUCAUUAUUCCUCAUCUAAUUAUUCUUUACCCUGUAAAUUACUGUUUAUAUGUUUUUUCUUUGUAUUUGUUUUUGGUUUCUUCGUCUAUGCAUAUUUUUAUGAAGUGGAUAACUUGAACUAUUGCACUUUUGUACUGACUCCUGCGUUUCAAUUUCAUUCAUUCAGUUCAUUUGGAAUUUUGAAUAUUUAAAAUGACAUAUAAAUUAUUACCGUA